AUGACGGGGUUUUCAGCGGCCAUCAACGAGGAUCUGCAUUUUGACUACUUUGACGAGGACGCACUUCUGGUGCACAUGGUUCGGCGUGCCCAUGAAGGAGACGCUGGCUGGGAGGUCAAACUCAUGGGUACAGGUGAAGGACGGCAGCUUCCCCCAGAAAGUCCUGCCGAUACAGUGCGACUAGCUGCGGCUGCGCUGGCGAGAGAAUGGAUGGAGCGCGAGUGCAAGGCUCUCAGGUACAAGGCAGCUGGAAGUGGCAACCCCUUACACGUCCCCACCAGCGAGCGAGAGAGCAAUGCAAAGCAUCUCCCUAGGCUGCGGAUCUUUUGGGACGCAGACGGCGAACCAUCCAUGGCUGGUCUUGUAGGCAGGCUCACGUCGCAGCAGCUGCUGGAGGACUGCUUUGAAGUUGCUAGCAAUGGGAAAGGCAAGUCUUGA